UAUGAUUGCUCCAUGGCAAAGAAGAGGAGAGCUGAAGAGCAGGCCUCGGGGGUCCCUGUCAACAAGAGAAAGUCCCUGCUGAUGAAGCCCAGACACUACAGCCCAAGCAUGAACGGCCAGGAGGGGCUCGAUACCAGGACGGAGGCGGAGGAGGACAACGGCCUGCUGGGGACCAACGCUCACCGGACCACAGAAGAAAUCAUGACAAAACCUCUGGAUGAGAAUGUUCAUUCAACUGCACAAGAAAACUCUCAUGGGAAGGAAGACAGAUACGGUUGCUACCAAGAGCUCGUGGUCAAAUCUUUGAUGCACGUGGGGAAAUUUGAAAACAGUGCAUCUGUCCAGACCACAAAUGAAAACUUCAAUGACAGUGGCAUCCAGUCUCUCAAAGCAGAGAGCGACGAGGUGGACGAGUGCUUUAUGGUUCAUUCCGAUGACGGAAAAGACCACAUCGGCGACUCCCAGCGGAGAUUCUGCUCCUCCGAUGACAAUGAAAGCAACUCGGAAAGUACAGAGAACGGCUGGGACAGUGGCUCCAACUUCUCCGAAGAAGCCAAACCACGUAGAGUUCCAAAGUAUAUUUUAGUGGAUGAUAGGAAAGACAUAGUGGAAGUCCCCGAAAUAAAGACCGAAGGUGACAAAUUUAUCUCUUGUGAAAACAGGUGUGAUUCUGACCCAGAAAGGAGAGACCCGCACAGCGCUCGCACGGAUGCACUGGAGGGCAGAGCGCAGGCCCCCUUCCCCGGGGCCGAGGAGGAUGACAGCCAGUGCCUGGCCGUGAUGACAGAGGAGUCUGUGGACCUGGAGAAGGCCAAGGGGAACUUAAGUUUGCUGGAGCAGGCCAUCGCUCUGCAGGCCGAGCGAGGCUGUACUUUCCAUAACACCUACAAAGAGCUGGACAGGUUUCUGCUGGAGCACCUCGCAGGGGAAAGGAGACAAGCCAAAGUUACCGACAUGGGUGGAAGACAACUCUUUAACAAUAAACAUUCACCGAGGCCUGAGAAGAGGGAGACCAAGUGCCCCAUCCCCGGGUGCGAUGGCACAGGCCAUGUGACAGGGCUCUACCCCCACCACCGCAGCCUUUCGGGGUGCCCCCACAAAGUGCGGGUUCCCCUCGAAAUUCUUGCCAUGCAUGAAAAUGUGCUCAAGUGCCCCACCCCAGGAUGCACAGGAAGAGGGCAUGUGAACAGCAACCGGAACACCCACAGGAGUCUUUCGGGUUGUCCAAUUGCUGCGGCUGAAAAAUUGGCAAUGUCCCAGGACAAAAGUCAGUUUGAUUCUUCCCAAACUGGGCAGUGUUCUGACCAGGUUCACAGGACAAGCUUGGUGAAGCAAAUAGAAUUCAAUUUCCGAUCACAAGCCAUCGCCUCCCCCAGAGCCACGGUGUCAAAAGAACAAGAGAAAUUUGGAAAAGUACCGUUUGAUUAUGCCAGCUUCGAUGCACAGGUUUUUGGUAAACGACCCCUAAUACAAACAGGUCAAGGACAAAAAACUGCACCGUUUCCUGAAUCGAAGCAUUUUUCAAAUCCAGGGAAAUUUCCUAAUGGACUGCCUGGUGCAGGCGCCCACACACAGAGCCCUUGCCGUGCCAGCUCUUACAGCUACGGUCAGUGCAGCGAAGACACCCACAUAGCAGCAGCUGCUGCCAUCCUGAACCUUUCCACCCGCUGCAGGGAGGCUGCCCACAUCCUCUCCAACAAACCACAGAGCCUGCAUGCCAAGGGAGCCGAGAUAGAAGUGGAUGAAAAUGGCACAUUGGACUUGAGCAUGAAAAAAAAUCGACCCCCGGACAAAGCUGCACCCCUAACUUCCUCAAACACGUCUAUUCCGACUCCUUCCUCUUCCCCAUUCAAAACAAGCAGCAUUUUGGUCAAUGCAGCGUUCUACCAGGCUCUGUGUGUCCAAGAGGGCUGGGAUGCUCCUAUCAACUAUAGCAAAGCUCAUGGGAAGACAGAGGAGGAGAAAGAGAAAGACCCAGUGAACUCUCUAGAAAAUUUAGAGGAAAAGAAGUUUCCUGGAGAGGCCUCCAUGCCAAGCCCUAAACCCAAGCUCCAUGCAAGAGAUCUCAAAAAAGAACUAAUCACCUGUCCAACGCCCGGAUGUGAUGGAAGUGGCCACGUCACCGGAAACUAUGCAUCCCACCGCAGUGUUUCUGGAUGUCCUUUAGCCGAUAAGACGCUUAAGUCCCUCAUGGCUGCUAACUCUCAGGAGCUUAAGUGUCCGACCCCAGGUUGUGAUGGUUCGGGGCACGUGACUGGAAACUAUGCUUCCCACAGAAGUUUGUCCGGCUGCCCUCGUGCCAGGAAAGGUGGUGUCAAAAUGACUGCUACGAAGGAAGAGAAGGAAGACCCUGAGCUCAAAUGUCCUGUGAUAGGGUGUGACGGCCAAGGUCACAUAUCAGGUAAAUACACAUCCCAUCGCACAGCUUCUGGCUGUCCCCUGGCUGCCAAGAGACAGAAGGAGAAUCCUCUCCAUGGGGCCCCCCUCUCCUGGAAACUGAACAAACAAGAACUUCCACACUGUCCCCUGCCAGGCUGCAAUGGGCUGGGCCAUGUAAAUAAUGUUUUUGUCACCCACAGAAGCUUAUCUGGGUGUCCUUUAAAUGCACAAGCUAUCAAAAAGGGCAAGGUCUCGGAAGAACUAAUGACUAUCAAGCUCAAAGCAACUGGAGGUAUAGAGAGUGAUGAAGAAAUUAGGCAUUUGGAUGAAGAAAUAAAGGAAUUGAAUGAAUCCAACCUUAAAAUUGAAGCAGAUAUGAUGAAACUUCAGACGCAGAUCACAUCUAUGGAGAGCAAUUUAAAGACAAUAGAGGCGGAGAACAAACUUAUAGAACAGAAUAACGAAAGCCUGCUGAAGGAGCUGGCCGGUCUGAGCCAAGCUCUCAUUUCAAGCCUUGCCGACAUCCAGCUCCCGCAGAUGGGGCCUAUCAGUGAGCAGAAUUUCGAAGCGUAUGUAAAUACACUCACAGACAUGUACAGCAACCUGGAACGGGACUAUUCCCCAGAAUGCAAAGCUCUGCUAGAAAGUAUCAAACAGGCAGUGAAGGGCAUCCACGUGUAG